AUGGAGUACCCAUGGCAACAAGCGGGGGCAGAUUUGUUCCACUUGGAGGGACAAAAUUUUCGGCUGCUCGUGGACUACUAUUCACGCUAUCCAGAGGUUAUCACGCUACGCAACACUUCCAGCCAAGUGGUGAUAUCGGCUAUCAAGGGUGUCAUGGCUCGAUUCGGCAUACCGGAAGUGCUUCGAAGUGAUAAUGGCCCCCAGUUCUCGUCACACGAGUUCUCAAGUUUUGCCCAGAGCUAUGGGUUUAGACACAUCACUAGCACUCCUGGUUAUCCUCAAUCAAAUAGUGCAGCCGAAAGGGCUGUUAAGACUGUGAAGGAUCUUUUCCGCAAGAGCAACGACCGGUUCCUGGCACUGCUGACGUAUCGUGACACGCCAGGGGUCACAGGGUACAGCCCGUCCCAACUUCUCAUGGGGCGACAGUUACGGACACACAUUCCCAGGAACCCAGCCAAGCUGUCACCAGACCUACUACGACCAGACGUCGUCUUCCAAAAGGACGCCGCGGCUAAGAAAAGGCACACUCGGGGCUUUAAUCAUCAGCAAGGGGCGAGAGAGCUCUGGGACCUCUCCUCAAGAGACGAAGUGUGGGUAACUGAUGUAGAGUGCCGGGCCCAAGUUCUUAGCCGAGGCCAGCGUCCACGAUCCUACACCGUGGAAACUCCCAGCGGAGUUAUACAACGAAACCGACGGCAUCUAGAGCACUAUUCCCCAGAUCUCAGUGUGUCAACCCCGGUCUCUCUUCCAAGCCCGGGCCCAAACCAGGAGCAAAGAUUCGACCAGGAGGAACCAUCACAUGGCCGGCAGCACGAUACGAGUACCGGUGCAGACCCUGAAAGUAUACCCCACCAGAGUGUAGGAAACUCUAAGCCCAAACCAAGCCCCAUCCGGGAGGACUGGGAGGCAGCCAUGCUCUGCUGUUUCGACCUGACGAGCCAGAAGGCCUUGGACAACCGAGCUCGAGUUGCGUUGGCUGCCAAUAGACUUCUGUAA